AUGAGUUACGCUCUCAUGAACCCAAACCAAAGUAUUAAGGCUGUAUUUGUUAAUCAAACUAAACAAAUGAAUUCUGAAUAUCGUGUUCGUGUAAACACAUCUCUUAUAGCUACUAAGUUUCUUUUGAGGUGUGGCAUACCAUUUAGAGGGAGUGACGAGUCCUUUAACUCUUUAUUUAAGGGGCCAUUUCUUGAGUUGGUGGACACUCUAAAGGAAAUUAACCCAGAGAUAGCUAAGGUAAUAAAUUGUGCUCCAGGAAAUAACUUUAUGACUGCCCCUAAGAUUCAAAAGGAUCUUGCUGCUGCUUGUGCAUGUGAAAUAACUAAACAAAUUGUAUGUGAUAUUGCGGAUGAUGUGUUUUGUGUUUUGAUUGAUGAAUUCGGUGACGUUGCUGGUAAAGAACAACUGGUUGUUGUUAUUCACUAUGUUAAUAGUGAUGGUUUGGUAAAAGAAAGGUUUCUUGGGAUUGUUAGUGUUAAAGAAACAAGUGCUAAGUCACUUAAGGAGGCACUUGAGAAGUUGUUGUCUAUUAAUGGCUUGAGUUUAUCUAGCAUAAGGGGGCAAAGAUAUGAUGGAGCUAGCAAUAUGCGAGGUAAGUUUGGUGGUUUGAGAACUUUAAUUCAAAAUGAAAAUCCAUCAGCUUAUUAUGUGUAUUGUUUUGCCCAUCAACUUCAAUUAGCACUUGUUGCAUGUGCUAAGACUCACAAAGAUGUUAGUGGUUUUUUCGGUAAGGUCAAUAUGCUUGUUAAUUUCAUACGGUCUUCUAACAAAAUGGGUGAUCAAUGGUUAAAUGAUCGUCUUGUAACUUUUAUAGAAAGAGAUGUUUUUGGAACAAUUAACAAUGAUGUUAUUUUAGCUCAUUUUCAAGAAAUUGAUACUAGACGGUUUUCAUUGUAA